AUGCUUUCUAAAGGGGGAGAGCGUCGUCAGAUCGACGCCUUACCAUCGACCGUUCGGUCUCGGGAGAUGAAAGUGCUGAUGCUAGGAGGACCACGUACAGGAACAUCCGCUCUCUUCGCAGCUUUGUCAUAUCUGGGAUUCAAGCCAUACCAUCAUGCGGCUGUCGGAACAAGCCCCGAACUUAUAACCCGCGACUACAAACUUUGGAGCGAAGCAAUAUGCGCAAAGUUUAUGGGACAGGGAACACCCUAUGGGAGAGAGGAGUUCGAUAAGAUGUUAGGGGACUACGAUGCAGUUGGCGAUGUUCCCCCCUCGCUUUUUGUAGAAGAUCUCCUACAGGCUUACCCAGACGCUAAAGUGAUCCUCACGCUUCGCGAUCCGGACUCCUGGUACCAAUCAUUAAAACGGACCAUCAUUCACUGGCAUCAAAAGCUCUCUUUACGGAUCCUCUCCGUUCUGGAGCCCGAAGUCUGUGGGCCACUGAUGACAUGUAUGCCAUUAAGUUUGGAUAUCAUCACUGGUGGAGAUUGGUCCGAUGGAGAGAAAGCCAAACAGUGGUACGCAGAACACUACGAGAAAGUGAGACGGUUGGUACCGAAAGAAAAGCUGUUGGAGUUUGGUCCGGACUUUCAGUGGGAACCUUUGUGCAAGUUCUUGAGUGUUGAACUUCCGCCGCCAAUGUACCCGAGGAUUAAUUCGGUCGCGGAAUGCGAUUUGGUGUAUGGGAUGGCGGUCGAUAUGGCGAUAUGGACGGUUGCGAAGAAAGCAGCGGUGAGAGUGCUGCCCGUGCUGGCUUUGGGUGUAGGGGGGUAUUUUUAUAGAUCGAGUUUUGGCUGGUAG